AUGACCGAAGUUGUAGAUAAGGUUUUGGCCACGUUAAAAGGAAACAAUCUGGAUAAAAAGAUUGAAGCAUUAGCAAAAUUAGAGGAAGAAUUAAUUGAAGAAACACCACUCGAGCCACAAGAAAUAACUCAACUUGUACCAACUCUCAGAGAUGCUUUGAAGGGUUCACAGAUGUCAUUGUCCUAUGCAUCACUUACUUGCUUAAAUCCCUUCGUUUCUUUAAUAGCCGAAACACAUCCUUCUCAACUUAAAAAUGUCACUGUGGCUUUUGCUCCAUCUGUAAUCGAUAAACUAGGAGAUACAAAGGACAAAACGAGAGAACAUGCGCUUCAAGUAUUGUUAACUAUGUAUGAAUCAGCGACAAAUAUGACCGGUGGAACGAAUAUUAUAAUCGCAUUAUCUACAAUUAUAAAAGAUACAGCAUUUGGUCAUAAACAAUGGAGAAUUCGUGAACAGAUUUUACAAUGGAUUGCUGCAUGCUCAAAAAAAAUAACGGAUUUUCCUAUAAGACAAUGGGUACCAUACAUGGUUAAGCUGCUUGAAGAUCCACACGAACAAGUGAGGGAAACGGCAAAAGAUACUAUAAUAUUACUCUUCAAUGGCGCUGCAUCACACGCUAAAUCAGACUUAAAGCGUGAACUUAAAGAACAGUCAAUUCGUCCUGGCAUAGUUGAUUAUAUUCUUUCAAAAAUUGUGUCCAGCCCGUCAGGUGAUGGGCAUAGUGAUCGUAAUAGCGUAGUAUAUGAUAAUACUGAUAAUCAUACAGAUGCUGGCACUGAAAUAACGGAAGAAGAUUAUUUCAGUAGUGGCACAGGGAACGAAGAAAUUGCAAGAUCUACAGAAUCAAUAGUUAGGCCUACUAGCUCUGCAGAUAGUGAAAUUGGUGUAAUAAAUGUUGACAGCGCAAGAGAACUAGAAAGAGAAUUCCAAAAUUUAUUGUCUUCUUUCCAAGGGAGGGAGUCAGAACAAAAUUGGUUGUCUCGCGAGCGUGGUAUAAAUCGAUUACGUUCAUUGACUAGAGGAGAUGCCUUUACAAAUUAUCAAGAACAAUUUAUUAAUGGUUUAAAAUCAUUGAUGGAUGGCAUAUUGAAAUCGCUUUCUAGUCUGCGUACAACACUUACCUUAGCAAGUGCUGGCCUUAUCAGAGAUUUAGCAACACAUUUAGGAUCUGCUAUCGAUCAUUUUGCAGAAAAUUUACUAGCUAACCUCAUCAAAAUGACUUCUUCAGCUAAAAAAAUUGUUGGCCAGGCCGCUGCUAAUUCAGCAAACGCACUAUUAAAACAUGCAUCAUAUCAUACUCGCCUUGUCACUCAAAUUUGGCACGCGAUGGAAGAAAAAAAUACGCAGAUUCGGCAUUUCGCUAUGGGAUUUGUAAAAACUGUAAUUCAAUUUCAUAGUGAUCGAAAAGAUGUGAUGGAACGAACUGGAGGAGCAGAAUCAUUAGAAAAAUGUGUAAAAAAAGGCCUGACUGAUGCAAAUUCUAAAGUGAGAGAAGCAUGCCGGGACGUGUUUUGGACGUUUUAUGAGGUCUGGCCAGAAAGAGGAGAAAAGAUUAUGAAAAAUUUGGAACCAGCUGUGAAAAAACAAUUGGAACGUGAUCGACCAAAAACUCUAGUAGUAUCAUCACCACUGACGACGACACCUCCAAGAAAUCGUCCAACAACACCUGCUCCCCCUUCACAACGUGCCCGGUCAUCGAGCGUAGGUAAAUCAAAAGGACCUCCAUCCACAGGAUACAUUAUAGAAGAUAAUUAUUCAUUGCAUUCUGAAUCACCCUCGAAAAGUGUUAAAGAACCAUCGAAACUUACGCCUCAUAAUCUUAAUCAAUCACGUGCUAAAUCACCAGCACCUUCAGCCAUGGCGAGAACCAAAUCUACAGCAAGCAAUUCUAGUAACUCCAGUAACUUAUUGAGCCCAAAGCUAACACCAGCAAAACGUGGUUCAUCGAACCAAGUACCUUCUACUCCAAAAACUCCAAAAACGCCACCUACUCCAAAAACGCCACCUACUCCAAAAACUCCACGCAAGCUGACGAUUAUUGAACAAUUAGAGCAUAGCGAGUGGUCGACACGUAUUGAAGGCUUACUAAUUAUAGCACAAUUAAUAGUAAAGCGAUCGUUGGAGCCAUCAUCUGGGAAAAAAAAAUCAGAACUUCCACCUGAUGAAGAGUUAAGUCCAGUUUUGAUCAAUUUCUUGAACGAACCAGAUCCUAGAGUAAUUGAAAAAUUUAUGGAUCCAAGUAUCUUUGUUGAACUAGCAAAAGUUAUACAACUAGAACAUUUUAUACCAAACCUUAUUUUAAGCGCUAGCGAUGAAAGCAAACCAGAACAAUCUCAAAUAAUUCAAUCUCAUUUACCUGGGUUGAAAUCAGGAAUUGGUAAUAAUAAAGCACUAGCAUCUCUUAAUAAAUGUCUACUACUAUUAAGUGGUUCCGGAACUACACAAAAAAAACUUGCUUCUGGAUUUAGUCAGCCUCAAAAGCGUAAGAUUAUUAAUGGAAUUUUUAUUUGGUUAAACGAGAUUCUUGUGCCUAAAUUGGAAGAAGUUGAAAGCAGCGGGGCCCUGAAUGGUUAUCUGGGUGAUGCAGAAAAAUAUAAACUCCUUGCAAACCGCCUUAUUCCUAUGGUAUCCACUGUAAAAGAUACUUCUGAAAAUUAUAAACCGCUUAGUGAUUUAUUAAUUAAUAUGCACAAAUUAAAUCCAGACCUUUUUGAGACAGUUUUGUUCACUUUUGAUAAUAAAAUUAUUGAUGCUGUUGGCAAUGUGGUCGGAUGGGAAGAAGAGUUGGAGGAGGCUCGUGAACGUGAGCUCAAGCAACAACGCGAACGUGAACGCGAGUUAGAAUUACAGAAACAACGAGAAAUUGAGCUACAACGUGAACGUGAGCGUGAAUUGGAGUUACAAAAACAACGUGAAGCUGAACAGCGUGAACGUGAAAUUAGACAGCAACGUGAACGUGAACGAGAAUUGGAGUUGCGAGAACGACGAGAAAUUGAAAAACGUGAGCGUGAAUUGGAGUUACAAAAACAACGUGAAGCUGAACAGCGUGAACGUGAAAUUAGACAACAACGUGAACGUGAACGAGAAUUGGAGUUGCGAGAACGACGAGAAAUUGAAAAACGUGAACGCGAAAGGGAACAACGAGAAUAUGAACGAAAAUUACAAGAACAAUACCAAAGAGAACAACUUGAACAACUCGAACGACAAAAACGUGAAAAUGAGCUUAAAUUGCCGUGA